CUCUCGCCUCCAACCCAUGGCGUCCCUUGCUGUCGUCGCGCACGGCCUGGCCUUUCCUCGUCACUGUCAAUCCAUGUAUCAGGAAUCUUGCUGCUCGUGAUGCCAAAACUGGUCCCUUCGGCGGUGUCGACACGCCCCAUCCGCAAUCAUUUCCACCCCCCUCGCCCGGCCAAUUUCCGCAAACACUUCUCGUCGCCUUUCCGGCCGUUAGCGCAACCCCGGCAGGAUCUGUUUCUCCAUGAUCCCUGGCAGAGUCCGACGAGCUCGCCGACGCUGUUUGCCCAGACAGGUUUCAAUCAAUCCGUAUCCGACGGACUGCGAAAAGACCUCAACGGCGGCGAUCAUCAAUCCCCCGAUGAGCGCGUUCUCAAGCUCGGGAAAACCCUGCGCAUUCUUUCGCCGCUCUUACCAACCCUUCUCGUGAACCCGUUGCCGUCGAGCAUCCUCUCGCCAAGCGUCACCCUCCAUCUCUUCCCCUCGACACACCCGCACUUGCCCACCGUUAAGGGGCGAACGCUCUACCGUGCGGCACUGUGGACCGUCCCGGUGGCAUGGAGCAGCCUGCCCUUGGUCGGCAACGUCAAGCUCCAGAUCCUCAGCGAGCGCAUGGUUCGUUCCGGGACGGUGCUGGAUCCCGAGCGCUGUGGGCACGGUGACUGUGGCGACGAGCGUCUCGUUGUGCGGUGGCGCACCGAGCCCCGUCGCGACGACCAUCCGCAGAUCCCAAGCUCCCUCGGUACUAAGCGCGGCGCGCAAGACGAGCCCAGCCACGUCUCGGCGUCGAAGAACGGCAUCAACAAGGGUCUAAGCAUGCUGUUGGGCGGCGACGCCCCGAUCUUCAAGCUGGCUAAGGAGGAGCAGUUCACGGGCUUGUUCAUCUUCUCCUUCGACGAGGAGGGCCGCGUGCUGUCACAUACCAUCGAGCAUGCCGACAACGCCAGCGGCUGGGAGCGCACGGCCAAGUUCGUCAGCCUGACGGAUUGGCUGAUUGGAAAGGCCAGAGGAUCGUUGGAUCCGGCCGCCGAGCCCGGGCUAGCAAUCCAGGGAUGUCAGUCUUUCGAGCCUUGUUCCUCGAGAGGGGCAUCUCGAUUUUCUCGUCGCUCAUGACCGAUAGGCACCUUGCGUUCAUGCUUGCUUUUUCCCUAUUGCUUCGUAAUUUCCGGCAUCAUGGUGCCUGACCGGUUUGGUCUACACAUGACGCGAGUGUGAAUGCCUUAUUUCUUUUCGUGUCUCUCCCUACUGCUAAUCGGAUCUUACGGAACCAUGGGUGUCGGGGACUAAUAAUUCGACACGACAUUUCUGGCUAGGGGGUCGGCGCUCUUGCGUACUGAUCAUCUCAUCUCUUUUCAUUCUGUAUUUUUAUGAUUUGUUUCCGUGUAUACUAUACCCAGCAAUGCAGAGAUUUAGGCGAUUGUACAUAGGUAAAACGAUCAGAAAAUGUGGAACAUCGGAGAA